CUGGUGUCUAGACAUCGGCCCUUGAGCCCUGAGAGGGAAGCUUGGUGUCUGCGCUGCUGGCCCAGGUCCCUGGGUCUAGGCUCGGAGUUCGCUCGUGUGGAUGCAAAUACGAAGGGGAUAACUUCUACACUCUGUUCCUGGUCACGGCUGGUCAGUGUCUGCCUGAGGACAGGUUGCAGAAGGGCAGGGCCAGAUCCAGAUUUCGUGGUGUGGAAACCCACCGGGAGCGCGGUGUCAUGCCCAGGGGGCCGGAAGCCCCACCUGGAGCCGCAGGCAUUCCUCAGCACGAGGGCAGGGCUCUUCCCGAGACAACCGAGAAGGCUCCUUCCCCAGCUAUGUUGACUGCCACCCUAGGGCUGCUCAUGCUGGUGGCCAUGGCCGAGUUUCUCAUCGGCCUGGUUGGAAACGGAGUCCUCGUGGUCUGGAGUCUUCAAGAAUGGGUCAGAAAAUCCAAGGCGCUCUCCUACCACCUCAUUGUCCUGGGCCUGGCUGGCUGCCGAUUUCUCCUGCAGUGCCUGAUCAUGGUGGACUUAAUCCUGUGGCCGUUCUUCCAGAACAACCAUGGGCUCCGCUCCCUCAGUCUCUUCUGGGCUGUGGUCAGCCAGGCCAGCCUGUGGUUUGCCACUUUCCUCAGUGUCUUCUACUGCAAGAAGAUCGUGACCUUCGAACACCGUGUCUACCUGUGGCUGAAGCGGAGAGCUUAUUGCCUGAGUGGCUGGUGCCUUGUAGGGGGCCUCCUGACCAAUGGGUUACUUGCAGCCCACAUUGGCUCAGAGUUCUACAGUAGAUCCCAAAGAAACAGCAGCAUCCUGGACCAGAUUUCGAGCUGGCACUACCAGCGUGUGCUGCGUCUCAAUUCGGGAAGUGCCCUGCCUUUCGCGUUGUUUCUUCUUUCCUCUGGGAUGCUGAUUGUCUCUCUGUACAGACACCACAGGAGGAUGAAGGUCCACACCGCUGGCAGGAGUGACGCGCGGGCCAAGGCUCACAUCGCUGUCCUGAAGUCCUUGGUCUGCUUCCUUAUACUUUACGUGGUUUACUUCGCGGCCAGCCCCUACUCCAUCACCGCCAAAGUCCCUCCUGCUGAUCUCGUCACCGUCUUCGUCUCGGAGACGCUCAUGGCUGCCUCUCCUUCUCUUCAUUCCGUCAUAUUGAUCCUGGGGAACCCCAGCGCGAAGGAGGCUUGUCGGAGGGCCCUGUGGAAGGCAGCGCGUGCUUGGCGGCUCUGA